ACUGCUUAGCCGGAUUGGUUAAAAAGCUCGUGAAACUGAACAUUGUUUUUACUUAUUUGCUAAUGUAAUUCUCUGGUUGUAUCCACAAUCAAACGCUUUGUCGCAUAAAUCCCCGGUCGAGUAUAUUUAAUGAAACUAAAUAUUCACAACCAACUGUCUGUUGCUGGUUUGCGAUGCUGACGGAAUGUUGAAACACACUCUUAUUCACAGAGGGGACCGCUAAAAAUGUCAAAACCAGUUCAAAAAAUGACUCAAGGAGAACUGCCCAUGAAAUCCAAAGGCAUCCAAAACAAGGGAUCUCACGAUCUCAGGAGGCUUCUGUGCCUGCUAGCCACAAGAGUUCCCAGACAAGAGGUGGCAGAGCUGAGCCACGUCAAGGCCAACGGCGUCGGAGCCGGCGGGCCCCAAAGCCUGCGCCCUCCGAAAGACACCAACAGCCGAAGGAGAGAGAGCGACAUCGCCUGUGAGGCUUCCGAACUGGAGAAAUUCAGCAUCACAUACAGAGACCAAAGACGUUUCAGCACGCUCCCGAUGCAUAAACUCUUCUCCGACAUUCUUGUGUCUUUGGUCAAGAACAGACUCUGCAGUGAAUGGAUUGAUCACGCGCUGCCCGAAUCUGUCCUGAGGGUUCUAAGCUGCUUACAAUUAUUGAUCCGAGAUCCCCACCAUCAGAAAAUCCUCCAUCAGCUCGGAGGCAUUCGUUCACUUGCCCGGUACAUGGAGCGUGUCGCUGCAGGGUGUGCGUCUUGCGGCGAACACGCGCUUGCCGUGCAGCAGCUGGUCCCAAUGACCUACACGUUUCAGAAGCUGUCUGCCGUCGGGGAGCAAAGGGUCUGGGUCAUCGAGAGCGGCGCUCACGUGACCCUGGUGAAGCUCCUCUCCACCACGCACAGCGGUGUGCUGCUGGGAGCCCUGCUGGCACUCACCACUUUGGCUGAGAGCCCAGAAUGCAAGCAGGAGAUUGGCCAGCUGCCCGUAGUGGAGAGCUUACUUGUCAUACUGCAGGAAUAUGACCUGCUGUCAAAGAGGAUGAGUGCGGAGCUGCUGAGGCUCCUGGCCCCCGUGCGGCAGGUGAGGGAGCAGGUGAGGGAGCUGGAGGGGCUGCCAGUGCUGCUGAGCCUGCUGCACGGCCGGAACCUGAAGCUGCUGUGGAGCGUCGCCUGGGUCCUGGUGCAGCUCUGCGAGGAGCCCGACACCCGGACGGAGAUCCGGAGCUGGGGCGGAGUGCAGCAGCUUCUCCGGCUGCUCAGCAGUGACAGCUCGUCCAUCGAGACGUUCUCCGGCGCCAACGCAGCCGGGAGCAUCCACGGGGAGGACAUCAGAGAGGAGCUCAGCCCACAGGAGGAGGUGGACCACACCACGGCCCUGCACUCAGCCUGCUGCACAGUUCUCACUGAGCUUUGUCUGGAUGACACAUCUGCUCACUACAUUGUGCAGGAAAAUGGGGUUUAUAUCGUCUCAAAAUUGAUUUUACCAAAGAACUCUGGACCAAAAAGCCCACAUUUACAGUGCUAUGCGUUUCGAACCCUCCGGUUUCUCUUCAGCGUGGAAAGAAACAGACAUUUGUUUAAGAGGCUCUUUUCCACAGACCUCUUUGAGCCGUUUAUUGAUGUUGGACAUUAUGUACGCGACCUCGCGGCCUACGACGGACUCCAAACUAAAGUUUCAUUCUACACUGAAGAAGAACUGGACAGUCUGAGAGAGAGCAUUGAGGCUGUGGACCAGAACAGACCUCCCCUCAAAGUCAUCAACGGUUACUCCAUCCUGGACCAUCUGGGCACCGGCGCCUUUGGGAGCGUCUUUAAGGUCCGAAAGCAGAUCGGCCAGAACCUUUUGGCUCUGAAGGAGGUGAAUCUCCGCAAUCCGGUGUUCGGGAAAGACAAGAAGUCCAGGGACAGCAACGUGGAGAAAAUCAUCUCGGAGCUGACCAUCGUCAAAGAACAGAUGACGCACCCGAACAUUGUUAAAUACUACAAGACAUUUUUGGAAGGGGACAAGCUGUACAUCGUGAUGGAGCUGAUCGAGGGAGUCCCGCUGGCCGAACAUUUGAACUCUCUCAAUGAGAAGCAGCAGAAGUUCACAGAAGACAGACUUUGGAAUGUAUUCAUACAGAUGUGUUUAGCAUUGAGGUACCUGCACAAGGAGAAGAGGAUAGUCCACCGCGACCUCACACCAAACAACAUCAUGCUGGGGGAGAAAGACAAAGUCACCAUUGCCGACUUUGGCCUCGCGAAGCAGAAACAGGAGAACAGCAAACUGACGUCAGUGGUCGGCACCAUCCUUUACUCCUGUCCAGAGGUGGUGAAGAACGAGCCGUAUGGAGAGAAAGCUGACGUCUGGGCUUUGGGCUGCAUCCUCUACCAGAUGGCCGCUUUACAGCCUCCAUUCAACAGCAGCAACAUGCUGUCGCUGGCCAACAAGAUUGUUGAGGCCGCCUACGAGCCGGUUGAAGAAGGAGCUUUCUCAGACAGAGUCAAAGACAUGAUCAGAUGGUGCCUGUGUCCAGACGCGGACCAGCGGCCGGACAUCGUGGAAGUCAGCUCCAGGAUCUCUGACCUCAUGAUGGGGCUGAUGGACGCCCUCUGCACUUCCCAGAAUGCACUGGAACGCAGAGCAGAGCGAGACAGGAAGCGAGCGCAGAAGUACUUCCUGGAGAGGCACAAGAGCCGGACGGAUUGCUGUCACUUGAACUCGCCUCAGGAGAAAUCGUUAAUAAAUACUGAAUCUCCAACUCGUCGUUCUCCUGCAACCUGCAGUUCGAACCACAGGUGGCAGAACAUCAGUCAAGAAGUAGAGUCAAGUACUCCUCAUACUCGGGACCAAGUUCAAUCCGGUAGUGACUGUGUUGCUGCAAAGAUUAAACCAAGACCAGUGUCAGCAGGGAUUUGCGUCUCCCACAAGAAGGUUCGGCAGAUUGACGACCCCAUCCAGAGGCUCCUCCUGCAGCUGCACAAAAUUGUAUACAUCACUCAGCUUCCACCAGCCCCUCGUCACAACCUCAAAAGACGAGUCGUUGAAAGAUUUAAAAAGUAUCUUUUCCACUUCGGGAGCGAUCCAUACAACCUCAAAAUGGAACUCAGCAAGCUGCUCCACUCCUCUGCAGAGCUGAUGGAGUUCAGCACGAGCAGGUCAGGCUGGUGGCUUCGGGGGCACCGCGUCACAGCAGAGUCCCGUGCUGCUGACGGCACAGGUGAAGAUGGAGUCACCUAUCAGCAGAUGCAGGGGAUCAUAGAGGAGCUGCUGGAGGAGAGUAGCUACUAUGAAGGAACACACAGCAGGGUCUCGGAGAAAAGAAACGACCAAGCAGACAUGUGACAGUCAUCUGUCUCCCUCCUCAGAUUACACAGCAGCAGCAGGGGAGACAAAUGAUUCCAGGAUCAAUCAUUUAUAAUUCCACACAUGUAGAACGAGGAAAAAGUGUUUGUUUGUCCUUAAACCAUUUAGCUCAGUUAUUCGUACCAAUUUUACGUGACUGUGUAAAUUUCCCAAUUCAUCCAAUACAUAUGAAUUGCAUGCGCUUGUGUUGAAGGUGUUUCUGUCCAAUUACUAACAAGCUGCUGAUGUAUUUAGACCUUUUUUUUUAUCCCUUUGAGAAGCUUUACUCUUUUGUUCUUUUCAGGUUUAUCUGAGUCUCUCACUUUAAAUCCUCAGGACCAGUUCUAACUCCUCGCUGCAGGACAGUUUGAAACAGGCUGCAAGACAAAUGUCUUCAAUCAUAAGAAUAAAUGAAAAAAAAACUCUUUACCUCGAUUUAAAAAACAUCACAAUGUCUGUCUGCGGCUUUGCGAUCAGCCGACUACAACAACGUGCACUCUGAGAUGCUGUCAUCAUUUUCAAAAUGAUUAACGGCUGAAACGUAUAUAUUUUCAAUCACAGAAUGUUUUCAUUUUAAAGAGUGCAGCGCAGAUGGCGCUGACUUCCGUGUGCACUUUCAUCCAAAGGGGAUUUGUCUAUAUAAUAUGAGUUUAAGGAAUGUCUUAUUAAAUUAAAUA